GGGAAAAAAAAAAAAAGAACUGAAAGGAAUCUGACAAACGGAAACUACUGUGGGUUUGAGGUUGAAAUUCCUGAGAUAGAAACUUUAGAAAGAAAAUGAGAAAAGGAAGCAAACCAAGAACAGUUAAUUCAGCUACCACAACAUAGCAGCAGCGGCAGCAACAACCACCAGUGAUUGUUUUUUUCUGACUGUUUAUUUGAUCCCUCUUUUCUUCUUUGGCACCCUACACAGGGAAAUGGGCAAUUGAACUUUUCUUUUUUUAUAUGUGUAGGUUACUUUUGCUUAUUUUGGUUCUCCAGAUCAAUACCCAGAUCUUGUUACCUUUUCAUCGAGCUAAAUUAUUCUCAUCUUUGAAGGAGAGAGAGACAGUGAUAGAGUGACAACAAUAUGGGUCGGAUUAUCUCGGUGGUGGAAAACUAGUUCUGGCUUGAAAUUGUUUUGCUGUUUUCUCUUCAUUUUGCCUCCACAGAUUGUCUCUCUUCUCUAUUGUUGUCGCUGCUUUUGCUUUUCUAGGAGUGUGUGUUGGAUAGGUUCAGGUGUCUGAGCAGGAGAUAUUAUACGCCAUUUAAGUAAUGAUCAAACAGAUAUUCAAUAGGUUCCCAAGGAAGCCAUCAAAGUCAUCUGAGAAUCGUGAGGGAGGUGGAACCUCUACCUCCUCAUCAAAUGCUUUUUCUAGCUCAAGAAACAAUGAUUUAUCCGGCAAUCGUUAUGCAAGCCAAGGUGCUACAUCAUUAGCAGGGUUUAAUUCAACUUCAAAUUUAGGAUCAAAUUAUGGCAAUGAGCUUUCCCAAGUUGUUAAUUCAAAGCUGAAUGGGAGUCAGCCUCCUCCUUAUGAAGCCUUGCCUAGUUUUAGAGAUGUUCCUAAUUCUGAGAAGCAGAAUUUGUUUAUCCGAAAGCUGAACUUAUGUUGCUUUGUGUUUGGCUUCAGUGACCCUACUAAGAACUUCAAAGAGAAGGACAUCAAGCGACAAACACUGGUAGAGCUUGUGGAUUAUGUUUCUUCUGCAAAUGGGAAAUUCUCAGAAACUAUGAUGCAAGAAAUGAUUAAGAUGGUGUCCAUAAAUUUGUUUAGGACACUCUCUUCUCCACCACGGGAGAACAAAGUCUUAGAAGCCUUUGAUUUGGAAGAGGAUGAGCCCUCAAUGGACCCUGCAUGGCCUCAUUUACAAGUUGUGUAUGAAUUUCUUCUGAGGUUUGUAGCGUCACCUGAGACAGAUGCAAAAUUGGCUAAGAGGUACAUUGAUCACUCUUUUGUUCUCAGGUUGUUAGAUCUUUUUGAUUCGGAGGAUCCUAGAGAGAGGGAGUAUUUGAAAACGGUUCUGCACCGUAUUUAUGGGAAAUUCAUGGUGCACCGUCCAUUCAUCAGGAAGGCAAUUAACAACAUCUUUUAUCGUUUAAUAUUUGAAACUGAGAAGCAUAAUGGGAUUGCUGAGCUAUUGGAGAUUCUGGGAAGUAUAAUUAAUGGGUUUGCCCUGCCUCUGAAAGAAGAGCACAAGCUUUUUCUUGUUCGAGCACUCAUUCCAUUACACAAGCCAAAAUGCUUACCCAUGUACCACCAGCAAUUAUCAUACUGCAUUACACAGUUUGUGGAGAAAGACUGCAAGCUUGCUGAUACAGUUAUACGUGGGAUGCUAAAAUAUUGGCCUAUUACAAAUAGUUCGAAAGAGGUUAUGUUCUUAGGUGAACUGGAAGAAGUUUUAGAAGUGACUCAGCCUGCUGAGUUUCAGCGCUGCAUGGUACCAUUGUUCCGCCAGAUUGGCCGUUGCUUGAGCAGUUCACAUUUUCAGGUGGCAGAGAGGGCUUUGUUUUUAUGGAACAAUGAUCACAUUGAGAACCUGAUAAGACAGAAUCGCAAAGUUACACUGCCAAUCAUCUUCCCUGCCUUGGAGAGAAAUGCAAGACAGCAUUGGAAUCAGGCAGUACAAAGCUUGACUCUAAACAUUCACAAGAUCUUCUCUGAUAUUGAUCCGGAACUCUUCGAGGAGUGCCUGGUCAAGUUUCAGGAAGAUGAAACACGGGAGAAGGAGACGAAGGUCAAACGUGAAACCACAUGGAAACGCUUAGAAGAGAUUGCUGCAGUGAAGGCUGCAAGUAAUGAGCCAGUGCUCGUCUCCCCGAAAAUUAUGCCACGUGCGCCCUCUGGCUAGAUAGUUGGAAACUCUCACCAGUCAUUGCUGUUUCUUUGGUUCGGUUGGUGGUUGGUUUGCAAUGCGAGCGAUGGAUGGGGGUGGUGAAUGAAGAGCUGGAUUGUGAAGCUAAUUGUUGAUUUUCUUGCAUAUUCACCUAAACCUUCUUCAGAGUUUUUGGUUUGCCAUCUAAUUAGGACACAAUGUGGGGAAGGCACCAUGAUUGCAGUGGGACGAAAUCGCAUUUUGCUUAAUCCUGGAGGACAGCAUGCAACAGAUAGGAUGGAGAAACAAAUGGGUAAGAGAAUAUCUAAAGUUCAGUUCUGUGACUAAAAAUGAGCUUGUGAUGUUUAAUGUUUUGAGCAGGGUGACAAAGAAAGCUUGAACUCAAUGUACAAUUGUUAAUUGCUUCUGGUUUAAUGAAAAGUAUGCUCAUGUACUUGAGCAAACAAUGAAGUUCAGAAACAACCCAAAAAAAAAAAAAAACUUUUGAUUGUACAAUUUUAAUUUUGAGGAUAGUGUUGAAAAAAAGAAUGUAGCCAGGUCAGAGUUGAUUGCAAUUAUUGAAGGGAUUUUUUUUU